AUGUGGAAGAAAAAUAUUACCAAUAUUAAUGAGUUCAUCCUGAUUGGCUUCCCUACAACCCCUUGGAUGCAGAUUCUGCUCUUCUUCCUCUUCCUCAUCACUUAUCUGGUUGUGCUAUUGGAAAAUGUGGUCAUUAUCCUCACUGUAUGGGUCACUGGAUCCCUGCACAAGCCCAUGUACUAUUUUCUGGGCACCAUGUCCUUUCUAGAGGCUUGGUAUAUAUCUGUCACCGUUCCAAAGAUGCUGGCUGGAUUCCUUCUUCAUCCCAAUACCAUUUCCUUCCUGGGAUGCAUGACCCAGCUCUAUUUCUUCAUGUCACUUGCCUGUACAGAAUGUGUGCUUUUGGCUGCCAUGGCCUAUGACCGUUAUGUGGCUAUAUGUUGGCCUCUUCGCUAUCCAGUCAUGAUGACCACAAGGUUUUGUGUACAGUUAACCAUCAGUUCCUGGGUGAGUGGUUUCACCAUCUCCAUGGCAAAGGUUUACUUUAUCUCCAGAGUUGCCUUCUGUGGCAAUAAUAUCUUGAAUCACUUUUUCUGUGAUGUGUCACCUAUUCUCAAACUGGCCUGCAUGAACUUAUUUAUGGCUGAAACAGUAGACUUUGUGUUAGCAAUUGUUAUUCUUGUGUUCCCUCUCUCAGCCACUGUCCUUUCCUAUGCCUUCAUUGUGUCUACCAUCAUCCACAUACCCUCAGCCACUGGGCAGCAGAAGGCUUUCUCCACCUGUGCAUCUCAUCUAGCAGUGGUGGUCAUCUUCUACACAGCUGUGAUCUUCAUAUAUGUCCGACCUCGGGCCAUUGCUUCAUUCAAUUCUAACAAAUUGAUUUCAGCAACAUAUGCAGUCUUCACUCCCAUGCUCAACCCUAUCAUCUAUUGUCUAAGGAACAAGGAAGUUAAAGCUGCCAUCAGAAAAACCAUAGCAAGUGGCCAAGCCCUUUUCUUGAGAGAUUCACUUUGCUGA